AUGGUGCGACAACAGCGCGACAGGGAAACUGCUGACCAGCAGCAACAACCUCGGGACUACCGGGAGAACGAUGAUGGGGCUUCCGAUAGCCACGAGGGCUUGCCAACUGAACCUGCUCCAAAGCGCCACAAACGAGGAAAAUACGUGUCAAAAGCUUGGUACGGAACCAGAAAAUACUCAGUCACAGCAACCUCGCUGACACCACACGUCUAUUCUCCAGUGGACAAUGCCAGAGAAGAAAAAUCAAAUGUGAUGGAUGCAUCCCCUGUCGACCAUGUGUCCUCAAUGGCCGAGAUUGCCUCAUGCAAACAGUGGACAUGCGGCGCCGAAGACCAACCGGGCUGA